UAAGAGAAGAUACUUCCCCCCAGAGGCAGUCGUGUGGGAAACCUACAUAUGUAACUGCUUAUUGCCUCACAAAGGUUUCUCUAAGCCUUUAGGCUAACUCUCGCCAGAUGACGUUAAGGGGCAAAAGAUGACUAACUAUAGGAUGGGUCGAACGAUCACCACUUAGAUCGAGUGCACCCCACAGGAAAGGACUCCCAUAUGGUGCACGACUAAACAGCAUUUGUAGUUUUUACAAGUUCCAUAUGAACGAUCGGUAAAAAAUACUGGAAAUUGGAAAGAUGUUCGAACCGAAGUUCGUAUUCAUGAGCUUUUUAUGUUGAAGUACUUCAUAGUGUAGCUUCCAGUACAACAAUUGGUGCAUAAGGUUUAUGUUCGUAAAAAGACUGUGCGCCACUUGAACGUUAAGCCUGUUUAGACUUUUAAGUCACUUACUUUGGUUUAGUCAGGAAAGGAAAAGGAAACACACACGAAAAAAUUCAAAUUCCAAAUUUUAAGUUUUAUUAAAUUUUAUUAACACCAUGUUGGCCAAUCAGCUGCGCAGCAGCUCUUUGCUCUGCCGUCGUUUUGCGACUUCGCCGCUUGCAGUACGCUUUUAUCGCGUUCGUCCAACUUUCCUGCCCAGUUGCGAGUCCCGUCACCCGGAAACGCGUCGAAGCCAAGACGAGGUUUAUGUGCAUGACUUCUUGCAGCGUCAUCAGCACAUACAUCCCGGCUCUGGUUCGGACAUCAAUUUGCGGAGGCGUAUGCGUAUAAAGUAUGGCAGGGCUCUGACAAAGCAUCCGCUGCACGAAGAGAAUCGAUGCUUCUCACACAAACAUCGUUGGAACGAGUUCCGGCGUAAACUGGUCCUUGGAGCACAUGCCACUUGAGUGGUUAGGCUAGAAGAUGUUCUAUAAGGGCGCCAGACAUUCAUUAAUGAGUAGCUAGGUUUGGCGAUUUCCAACCACCUCAUUUGAAAUACUAAAGAUGUAGGUUGGAAGGAAGUCAAUAGGCGUGCAACGGAAAUGUGAUUGCACAAAUAUUUUAUGAAUUUUAUCGGAAAUAAUAAUGUUCUGCUCUACAAGUAUAGACCCUAAAUAUUUGCAUUCCACUGACAACAAUUUAAUAAAAACUCCCACAAAAUAAUUAAUAUAUACUUGUA